CAUCCGCUUCACCCGGAAGUUGUAGCUAAUUGUAUUUCUUUGAAAGAUGAAUGCGAAAGUGGUACUUUGUCCAUUUUCUAGGCGUUUUUAAAGUAUGAAAAUGGCGUGGAAGAGCAAAGGUUCUCCUCUUCCUUUGGCCUCCUUACAUCUUCUGGUUCCUCCAGUGAGGCUCAUGUCUGCUUUCAUGUGGCAGAUAAUGCAGCAGCACAGCGUGACGCAGUACGACCAGUUGGUGGACUUCAUCAGUCUGGUGACAGAGUCCGUCCCGGAGCUCCUGAGUCUCGGUCAGAGAGCUCAGCUCAUGCUGGGCCUGAGAGCAAGGGUGGUUCUGGAGUUGUGUCGUGGUGACGGCCUCGCCAACCUGCAGACCAUCCAGACCCACCUGGAUAAAAUCCAUGAACUGAGCUCCACUGAUCAGCUGGCCUGUGCUGAUAUACUGAAGAGCUCAUACACCAACUUUGCCAAUCUGGUUCAGAAGUUGUUGAGUGUUCCCUUUGAAAAGGAGUCAUUCUUCCAAGAGGUGUUCCCUGCGACCUACGGCUCUUCCUACGACCAAAAACUGCAGCAGCUGAUGUCUGAGUUCCUGUCCAGGCUGGAGCAGCUGCUGCCCAUACCAGACCUGCAACAGACAACAGCUUGGCUCACUGAAACAACAUCGGCGACAAAAGAAUUUGGACUGCAUCUGUCUGAACCCUUGGCACUGAAGACUCUCCUGCUUCAUCACAGACAGCUGGGAACUCUUAGCUCUGAUGAGGAGAUCCUUCUUCCCACGCUGGCCCUCCGUGCUCAAACUGAAGUGGAGAAGUACACGGAGCCCAAUAGUGAGGAUGAUGAUUAUGACAAUGAGGUGGAGAGACUGGUGUAUGAGGAUUUAGAAGAAGACUCAAGUCAAAGCUCAGAUGUCUCCACAGAUGACUGGUCGCCAAAAAAGAAAUCAGGUCAUCUGUCACAUCUAUUCAUCUGCCCUCAGUGUUCUUUCACUCACCGCACAAAGAGGAAGGUCCAAGAGCACAUCCAGAGCGAGCACCAAAAAACUGCUCUCAUUAAAGAAAAGGAAUCAGUGAAAAAAACCAGAGCAAAGACUCGGCAAAAAAGUAAAGACUUGAUCGCUGAUGAGAAGAAAGCAGACGGCAACUCGGAGAAAAAGAGGGAACGCAAACAAAAAGACGGUCUAGAAAAAAAGAGGGAACGCAAACAGAAGAAGGACAACUUGGAAAACAAGGAGCGACGCAGACGGAAAGAGCCCACGGGGGAAGACAAAAGGUUUCUGAGCACGCGACAGGUGAGCAAAAACUUCACCGAGGAAGAAACCAAAUGCUCGACGUGCAAAAAGGUUUUUGAACAUCCGAAUCAGCUCAAAACCCACAUGAGGCUCCACACAUUCCCGUUCCGCUGCAGCCAGUGCGAGAAGGGAUUCACCAGCCCGUCAGGCUUUUAUCAGCACCAGAGACUCCAUAAGAAAGGGCGAAUAUUUAUCUGCAGCCAGUGCAACAAGGGAUUCCUGUGCAACUAUUCACUCAAGCAGCACGAACGCUUGCACGAAGGCCCCUCCAACCUGUGCACCAUCUGCGGGAAAAGCUUCAGCAAAGCGGGCAUCACAAGACACAUGCAGAUGCACAAAGGGGAGAAGAAUUACUUGUGCACCACCUGCGGCAAGUCGUUUCUGUCUUCAGGAGAGCUGCUGCUGCACACGCGCUCUCACACGGGCGAGAUGCCGUACACCUGCACCCACUGCGGGAAGGGUUUCUCCAGCAAGAGCCACCUGAAUGUUCACACGCGCUCUCACACGGGGGAGCGUCCGUACCUGUGCUCAGAGUGCCCGAAGCGUUUCCUCACGCUUAACUGCCUGAAGAGACACACGCUCAGCCACAACGGAGUGAAACCGUUUAAGUGUCCAAACUGCGAGAGAGAAUUCUCCCAGCAGGGGAAUUUAAAAAGACAUCUGGCAACUCAUAAACCUGAUACGUAAUGUUUGGUUUUUUAUUGUUGUGUCAUGCAACUGGCAGGAAUCAUGUAGUCGUUUGUAAUACCUGGACAAGUUCUUUGAAAACCUGAGAAAAACCUAAAUUAAUUUUAAUCGCAGUAACACAAAUAAACAUCCAUGUUUAUAAAA